CGCGCACCCAGAGUCCCACGCCGGCCCCAUUCCCUCUUGCCCCGCACCGAGGCCUCUUGAAAGGGGGGACACGGAACUUCUUGUUUCAAGUGGCAGUUGCGAAUCGCGUAACGGGAGAGCGAGUCCCAGUCCCCUCUCCCCAGAUCUGAAGCCCCGCCGCGAAUUCUCUCCGCCAUUCGCCAACCUCGGGGAUCUCUCUCCCUUCCCUCGGUCGCUUGUCGAUUCUUGGAAAGAUGAUGAAGUUCUUCGAUAACUUGCCGCCCAUGGAUCACCUGCGAUCCGAGAAGAUGAGCUUCGUCCAGCUUAUCAUCCCCGUCGAGUCCGCCCACCGGUCGAUCACCUACCUCGGCGAGCUCGGCAUGCUCCAAUUCAAAGAUUUAAAUGACGAUAAGAGUCCUUUUCAGCGAACAUUUGUCAAUCAGGUGAAGCGAUGUGGGGAGAUGGCACGUAAAUUAAGAUUUUUUAGUGAUCAGAUUAGCAAGGCCUGUAUCACAUCUGCAGGUCGUCCUGCUAUGCAACCAGAUAUUAGCUUGGAAGAGCUAGAGGUACGAUUGGCCGAACAUGAGGCUGAACUUCUUGAAAUGAAUAUGAAUAAUGAGAAAUUGCGACAGGCAUCUAAUGAGCUCCUUGAAUUUAAGUUAGUUUUGUUGAAGGCAGGUAGCUUCCUUGUUUCAAGUCAAAAUCAUGCAGUUCCAGCUGAGAGAGAAUUAGAUGAAAAUAUAUAUUCUAAAGAGAGGGAUCGGGAGAGCCUAUCCUUACUUGAUCAGGAAACACCGCCUGAGAUGUUGAACAAAGCUGGUUUGAGAUUUAUUAGCGGGAUUAUAUGUAAAUCAAAAGCACUAAGAUUUGAGAGGAUGCUCUUCCGAACUACAAGGGGCAAUAUGUUUUUUAAUCAGGCACCUGCGGGGGAACAUGUCAUGGAUCCAGUGUCAGGAGAAAUGGUAGAAAAAAUUAUCUUUGUAGUUUUCUUUUCUGGAGAGCAGGCUAAAACAAAAAUACUUAAAAUUUGUGAAGCUUUUGGAGCAAAUUGCUAUCCAGUUCCCGAGGAUACUAGCAAGCAGAGGCAAAUGACUCGCGAGGUGUCAUCACGUCUCUCUGAAUUAGAAGCCACUCUGGAUGCUGGAAUCCGUCAUAGAAAUAAUGCUCUAGCUUCCAUUGGGUCUCAACUAUGGAAGUGGACUAUCAUGGUAAGAAAGGAGAAAGCUGUAUAUGAUACAUUAAACAGGCUCAAUUUCGAUGUGACAAAAAAAUGUCUUGUUGGAGAAGGCUGGUGCCCUGUAUUUGCAAAACCUCAGAUCCAAGAUGCCUUGCAGCGUGCAACAAUCGAUAGCAAUUCACAAGUGGGGAUUAUAUUUCAUGUGAUGAAUGCAAUAGAAUCACCGCCUACAUAUUUCAGAACUAAUCGGUUUACACAUGCAUUUCAGGAAAUUAUUGAUGCAUACGGUGUUGCUAGAUAUCAAGAAGCAAAUCCUGCCGUGUAUUCUGUCAUUACAUUUCCUUUUCUUUUUGCUGUCAUGUUUGGAGACUGGGGCCAUGGAAUAUGUUUGUUGUUGGGAUCAUUUUUCCUUAUUGUUCGUGAGAAAAAGUUUGGUUCUCAGAAACUUGGCAGCUUUAUGGAGAUGGCAUUUGGAGGGCGCUAUGUACUCCUUUUGAUGGCACUGUUCUCUAUCUAUUGUGGAUUAAUAUAUAACGAAUUUUUCUCUGUCCCAUUUCGCAUCUUUGGUGAAUCUGCUUAUAAAUGUCGGGAUACCACUUGCAGUGAUGCACGCACUGCUGGUCUUGUAAAGUACCGUGAUCCAUAUGCAUUUGGGGUGGAUCCAAGAUGGCGUGGGAGUCGUUCUGAGCUACCCUUUCUGAACUCCCUCAAAAUGAAGAUGUCCAUAUUGCUUGGUGUGUCUCAGAUGAAUUUAGGUAUCAUAUUAAGUUACUUUGAUGCAAAGUUCCAUGGAAGCUCCCUUGAUAUAAGGUAUCAGUUUAUACCACAGAUGAUCUUUCUCAACAGUCUCUUUGGUUACCUUUCACUCCUCAUUCUCAUCAAGUGGUGCACAGGAUCUCAAGCUGAUUUAUAUCAUGUGAUGAUUUAUAUGUUCCUGGACCCAACAGGUGAUCUUGGUGAAAAUCGGUUGUUUUGGGGUCAGAAACCACUGCAGAUUUUGUUAUUGCUUCUGGCUAUUGUGGCAGUUCCUUGGAUGCUCUUUCCAAAGCCUUUCAUCCUAAGAAAGCUCAAUACGGAGAGAUUUCAAGGCCGUACCUAUGGCAUCCUAGGGACAUCCGAGAUGGAUCUUGAUCAUGAACCUGAUUCUGCAAGGCAACGUCAUGAUGAUUUUAAUUUCAGUGAGGUAUUUGUGCAUCAGAUGAUUCAUUCCAUCGAGUUUGUUCUUGGUGCAGUCUCAAACACUGCAUCAUAUCUUCGACUUUGGGCUCUCAGCCUUGCACAUUCAGAGUUGUCAACCGUUUUCUAUGAGAAAAUACUACUCCUAGCUUGGGGGUAUGACAACCCUAUCAUCCGGAUAGCUGGGCUCACAGUUUUUGCUUUUGCAACAGCAUUCAUAUUGCUCAUGAUGGAGACACUAAGUGCCUUUCUUCAUGCUUUGCGUCUACAUUGGGUUGAAUUUAUGAGCAAGUUCUAUCAUGGUGAUGGUUACAAGUUCAGACCCUUUUCAUUUGCCUCCCUAGCAGAUGAGGAAUAUUGAUCAGUGCAUUCCUUUAGAAACCUUGAUUCUUACAGAUCAGAAAUACAGGAAAAGAGUAAAAGAAUAAACAGGUGAAAGAUGGAAAUUGUUACUUUGCAGUGCCAUGAUCAGAUGAAAACUGAUAGAAGUUGAUCUAAGUGCACCAUUUGCACUUUAAUUAACAGUGUAAAACCUCUUCUUGUUCCAUCGCCUAGCUUAGUUCGGAGAGAACAAACAACUGAGAGAUAUUUUGUAAAGUUACAGGCUAUGAAAUUUACUUCUUAGAACAGAGCAGUGCUUCUUAAUACAGUUUAACUCUUAAAAUCAUGUGUCAUCUAGGGGACGCUGAUUCUAUUUUUUUUUUAUUUAACUCAAAUAGACAAUGUAGAGUUUUUGUUUUGUUUUUUGUUUUUUUUUUGACAACUGGGUCCUUUCCCUUCAUGCUCUCUGUUUGUCAACUUCUUCUAAUACUCCAUUAAGGAAAAGCUUUCUUUUGAUAA